AUUCUCUCUAAACAUUGAAUGUGGAUAUUAAUUUCUCUCACUGUACUGACUUAGAGCGACCGUUAAAACGUAAACCCCAAAGCUCCUAGUCCUACGUCUUCCUAACUUCAAAAAUCCCCAAAUCCUAAAACCUCCAAUGUCCUGACCUCAAAAAUGCUAUCUUUAGUCCAGAACCCCAGGGUGCUCCGCCUUCCAAACCUCCACAAAAUUCCCUUAAAAUGCCUUCACGCUUCCCCUACGCCGUCUCCCGCGGCCGCCUCAAUCUCCUCCGCACAGCCCACUUCCCAAAUCCUCACAAUCCGAAAAUCCCUUCUCGCCGGUGAGACUACGGCCGUGGAAACCGCCAAGUCUUAUCUCGGCCGUCUUCGCCGCACCGAACCGGACCUCAAGAGCUUCCUUUACGUGUCCUCCGACGAAGCGGUUCUGAAACAGGCCGAGGAGAUUGAUCGGAAAAUUGGGAACGGUGAACAAUUGGGGCCUCUUGCCGGCGUUCUUGUUGCGGUUAAGGACAAUAUUUGCACUGCUGACAUGCCGUCCACUGCUGGGUCGAAGAUUCUGGAGUAUUACAGGCCGCCGUACGAUGCCACGUGCGUGAAGAAGUUGAGGGAAAAUGGGGCUAUCAUUGUUGGCAAGACUAAUAUGGACGAGUUUGGAAUGGGAAGUACCACUGAGGGUUCUGCUUAUCAGGUGACAGCUAAUCCUUGGGAUUUAACUCGGGUACCUGGGGGAUCAUCAGGGGGUUCUGCUGCUGCUGUCUCUGCUCGACAAUGUGUAGUGUCCUUGGGAAGUGAUACUGGUGGAAGUGUUCGGCAGCCAGCAUCUUUUUGCGGUGUUGUUGGACUUAAACCAACUUACGGUCGUGUCUCAAGGUAUGGCCUUGUGGCAUAUGCAUCAUCUCUGGAUGUCAUUGGAUGUUUGGGAUCCUCUGUUGCCGACACAGGAAUUUUUCUUCAGGCUAUUUCUGGCCAUGAUAAAUUUGACUCCACUAGUAGCAAACAAGUAAUCCCCGACUUUACAUCUCAAUUUACUUCCGUUGAUGAUAUGGAAUCUAAACCCCUGAGGGGACUUCGAGUGGGUGUAAUCCGUGAAACUCUAGAGGAUGGAGUUGAUUCAACAGUGGUUUCUUCCCUCCAAUACGCUGCUUCUCAUUUGGAGGAUUUGGGUUGUACCAUAUCAGAGGUCUCGUUCCCGUCCUUCUCCCUUGGAUUACCAGCAUACUAUAUUCUUGCUUCAUCUGAAUCUUCUUCCAACUUGGCCCGUUAUGACGGUGUUAGAUUUGGGAAUCAAAUAUCUGUUGACGGAUUAAGUUCCCUUUAUGGGAAUUCUCGUGCUCAAGGCUUCGGAGCUGAGGUUAAAUUGAGGAUUCUAAUGGGAACAUAUGCACUUUCCGCUGGUUACUAUGAUGCAUAUUACAAGCGGGCCCAACAGGUCAGAACUUUAGUACAGGAGGGCUUCAAGGCAGCGCUCGAUGAAAAUGAUAUUCUGAUAUCACCAGCAGCUCCAUCUGUUGCGUAUAAAAUUGAUGAGAAGAAAAAUGAUCCAUUGGCCAUGUAUGCUGGUGAUAUAAUGACUGUCAAUGUAAACUUGGCUGGUUUGCCUGCGUUGGUUUUACCAUGUGGGUUUGCUGAGGGGGGUUCAUCAGGCCUUCCUAUUGGCGUCCAAAUGAUUGGAGCCGCAUUCGAUGAGGAGAAGCUACUUAGAAUAGGCCACGUGUUUGAGCAGACAUUGAAAGAUUUGAGUUUUGUUCCUCCGUUAAUAGCCAACAACUUCUGAGAGUUGAUCGUUCAAUUCUAUGGAAUGAGAUUGCCGAAAUCAAAAUACUUGAGGGCUCAAAGUAGCUUUUGCUCAAAAAUCGAGAUUCGAGAGGCAUUCAUCAUUUUCCAGAAACUGCUAAUGUAGCCGAAACAAGGAAGAUCCUCUAGGUGUCUUACUCUUUUUGUCUUCAUGUAUGUCCUGAUUUUGUUCAGUUUUUCCAAAAUGUUACAGGCUGGAACACAGUCCGUAGUGUCAUAUGAGGACUUGGAUGUAUAGAUUGGGAGUGUGUUUCUUUAGUAAAUUAUUUCUAGCAAUUUAUCCACAGUUUUCCAAGACUCGCUGUUUUUUUUUUUUUUUAAUUCAUCAUGCUUGUGGAGAUUCUCUUUCUAUAAUCAGCAAUAGAUCAUGGUUUAAAAGCAACAUAUGACCCUGAAUAUCUUUCAAUACAGAGCG